GGAAUAGAGAGAAGCCGAGGAGAAGACGCGAAAACGGUGGGAAGACAAAGCUGCUACAAUGGCCGCAAAAUCCGACGGGGUGCUAAAGAUGAAGAAGAGCGAUGUAGCAUUCACGCCUUUGCAGAAUUCGGAUCACUCAGGUUCGGUUCAAGGGCUCGCUCCGGGAUCGCAGCCGGAUUCUGGAACCGGAGAGGCGGACUUCGUCAACGGGGAGUCUCGGUGCUGUGGCUCAAAUUCGACAUGUCUCCGCCUUGGCAGGGAGCAGCAAAAAUACACGGUCUGGGACUGUCUGUGGAUCCUCGCCGCAGUGACGGUUUAUUUCGCGGAUGUGGGCACUGAUAUUUGGCUUUCUGUCGACUAUUACCUCCGCCGCGACUACUGGUGGUUCGGGCUAACGCUGUUUUUCGUGGUGCUCGGCUCGUUCUCGGUGCAGGUCUUCAGUUUCCGAUGGUUCGUCCAUGAUUUCAGCACCGAGGAGAGCUCCGGAGGCGGCGGGGGAACGGCGAGCUGCUCUCACAUGGACGGGAAGCUCCUUAGCAGCUCCGCUUCGCACGGAGACGUUGGAGCCCACCCGUCCACGCCUCAAAGACAGGCGUCCACGACGAGCAAGAGCAACACCACGAGCAACAGCAGCAACAGCGCUACCGCAGCCCGGACUAGUAAGACACGCUCAGCGUCCUGUUCCCUCUGUAUCUGGCUCUUGCAGUCCGUCAUUCACAUCCUACAGCUCGGACAAAUCUGGAGGUACUUCCACACUAUCUACCUGGGCAUCAGGAGCAGGCAGAGUGGAGAGAAUGACCGCUGGAGAUUUUACUGGAGGAUGGUGUAUGAGUAUGCAGACGUCAGCAUGCUCCAUCUGCUGGCCACAUUCCUGGAGAGCGCACCGCAGCUCGUGCUCCAGCUCUGCAUCAUCAUACAAACACACAAGCUCCUGGCGGUGCAAGGGAUGACAGCGGCUGCUUCUCUGGUGUCCCUGGCCUGGGCUCUAGCCUCCUACCAGAAGGCCCUGCGUGAUUCCCGCGAUGACAAGAAGCCUGUCAGCUACCUAGCCGUCAUCAUCCAGUUCUGCUGGCACUUCUUCACCAUCGCCGCUCGUGUGGUGACCUUUGCUCUCUUCGCCUCCGUGUUCCAGCUCUACUUCGGCAUCUUCAUCGUGCUGCACUGGUGCAUAAUGACCUUCUGGAUUGUACACUGCGAGACCGAAUUCUGCAUCACCAAAUGGGAAGAGAUCGUCUUUGACAUGGUAGUGGGCAUCAUCUACAUCUUCAGCUGGUUCAAUGUGAAGGAAGGACGCACCCGAUGCCGUCUCUUCAUCUACUACUUCAUGAUCCUGUUGGAAAACACGGCUUUGAGUGCUCUUUGGUACCUGUAUCGCUCACCACCCAGCACGGAUGCCUUCGCCGUGCCUGCCCUGUGCGUCAUCUUCUCCAGCUUCUUUACUGGCAUCGUCUUCAUGCUCAUGUAUUAUGCUUUCUUCCAUCCUAACGGCCCUCGUUUUGGUCGCUCAGCCAGUUUGGUCCAGCUUGAGGACCCGACUGCUACCUUCACGCUACCCCCUGAAGGUGCCACCAACUCCCUGCGCUCUAACCGCGGAGGAACAUUAGCCAGGGACGCUGACCGUGAGGCCAAGUACAGUGAGCGGGACGGCUGCGUGCCCGUCUUUCAGGUGCGUCCCACCGCACCAUCCACUCCGUCGUCCCGUGCCCCACGCCUGGAGGAGACAGUCAUCAAAAUAGACUUGUGCAGGAACCGCUAUCCUGCCUGGGAGAGGCAUGUGCUUGACAGGAGUAUACGUAAAGCCAUCUUGGCCAUCGACUCGUCUCCAACCCCGCCGCGUCUUCAGUAUAAAGACGACACGCUGGUUCAAGAGCGCCUGGAGUACGAGACCACAUUGUAGCCUGCGCUGUGGAAACACACGAACAUGAACACAUUACUGUCCACUUGAAUAAACAGCAGGACUGUGGCAAUAACGUUCCUAGCGUACAUAGCAUCUAAGCCAUGAUGUUGAUUGUCAUGGACAAGCGAAUAUAGGCACAACGUGUUUGUGGACAGAUGAAAUAAUCGAUCUUUUUUAUGCCGUUCUCUCGUUGCAUUUUAUUUUUUAUUACUUCUGUCUUAUCAGGGAUUAUCUGGGUUUCUACAAGUCAUUGCACUGGCUGAAAUAGACCAUAAUUAACCCCUCAGUCCUCCUCGGUGUUGUACAGACCU